GUGGGCAAGUCGGGGGCCGAGCGCCAGUUCAAGGGCCUGGGGGACUGCCUGGUGCAGAUCACCAAGUCCGACGGCAUCCGGGGCAUGUACCAGGGGUUCAACGUCUCCGUGCAAGGCAUCAUCAUCUACCGGGCGGCCUACUUCGGGGUGUACGACACGGCCAAAGGCAUGCUCCCUGACCCCAAGAACACCCACAUCUUCAUCAGCUGGAUGAUCGCCCAGUCGGUGACGGCCGUAGCCGGCGUGGUCUCCUACCCCUUCGACACCGUGCGGCGACGGAUGAUGAUGCAGUCGGGCCGCAAAGGAGCCGACAUCAUGUACACGGGCACCAUCGACUGCUGGCGGAAGAUCUUCAAGGACGAGGGCGGCAAGGCUUUCUUCAAGGGCGCCUGGUCCAACGUCCUGCGGGGCAUGGGCGGGGCCUUCGUGCUGGUCCUAUACGAUGAGCUGAAGAAGAUCAUCUAGGCACCCGGACCCGGACCCGGGGCCCCAGGGCCGCCCCCCUCACGGUUACGGACCAUUGACCUUCCGGAAAUUCCACGUCCCUGCCGGCCAGACCACGGUAGCGCCGGGCGGGACCUAGGACCAGACCCUUCCUCCGAUCAUGACCACUGACACCCCAUUCCACGCCUCGACGGGGAGGCCCCCCAGGCCCCGGGGUCCCCGCAGGGCCGCCCCUCCCCCUCGCAGGCCGCGUGUGUAGCGUUUAUUUAAAGGAAAUCAUGCGUCAUCUGAGCUUCCGCUGUCCUCUCUGCACAGCCGAGUCCGCAAGUCCCUUCUCUGUCGGGCACCCCGCCAGCAAUUAAACCCAGACACGGAGA